CACACACAGCAGGAAGAGUUACAUCACCAGAGGGCAAACACUCUCCACCUGCUCCUCUUAACCCUCUUCUACACUCACAUCACCUGGGUUACUUACAGAGGACACUUUCUCAACCAACAAACCUGACAGGGUCUCUACUGAUAAGGAUUAUAAGACUCAGUUGAACAAGCCUCAUCAUGUCAGGAGAAACAGUGUCACAGUCUACAGGUAUCAGCCCUAGCCUGGCUUCCUGAUAGAGACAGACGUGUGGGAUACAGAUGCCCUGUGUACACAGCAGUACAGAGCUUUUUUUCUAAGAUGGUAGACUGCAUUUAGGCUUAAUCUCAGAAGUGAACCAAAGGACAUCAACAGGACCAGGUAAGAUGCCACUGAAGAUGUCUCUGUGCCGUAAGCCAGCCUCGGCCCGCUGGUCUAGGACCCAGAAGCGCAGGGAGGUGCUCUCUGUCAACAUGAUCAGCCUCCCAUUGGCCGACUUCUGCCACGUUGCCCACAUCGGGAACAAUGCCAGCAGUGACAGCUUCGGGGACCUGUCCUUUCUGAAGGGGGGCCACAGCCUGAUACUGCACAGCUCUCAGAGCGAACAUAACCUCUUCCUGGCCUGCUACCCUCCACCCAAACCCCCACGACUUAACCUGGGUGAGGCCGAGGCCCUAAAGAUCCCAGAGUGGACCAGGCCCCACUUGAGCCAUAGCGCCUCAGAGAGGAGGAAGGAGUACCGAUCCUUGCCCAUGCUGGACAGUGAGGAGGGCGAGAUCGAGGCCAGUGUUAGCCCCAGCCACGGGGUCAUGGUCAGUAGCCACAGUCCUGGCCGGGGCAGUCUGAGCUCUGGCAGGGAUGGAGAUUCCACUCAGACCUGCCAUGAGAACACACUGCAGCUGGAUGAGGUGGACAACAGCUUCUCCUUCAGCCUGGACCUGGGCCCCUCCAUCCUGGACGAUGUGCUGCAGGUCAUGGACAGGCUCCACUAUUAGAGGAACAGCCAGACAAACAUGGGUCCUCAGCAAGAGACUUCACUGACAUAAUUAUAUGUGACUGGCAUUAGAACACUCUAAACUGUCCUAGGAUAUGAACAGCUGACAUUUAAAAAAACUCUUGACUUAAAGAAACAAUGUCAGAACAUUUGAAACACCAUGGGGAUAUAAUCUCAAUCUUUGGAUUAGCUGACUGUGGCUGAAUUAUAUCAAAUGCAAUGGACUCAAAGAGUAAUGGAUGAGAUGUGGACAGAACUGUAACUACAAAGAGAUCCUCCUCCAUUUCAUGUGAGGUAAUCUAACCCAGUGGUUCCCAACCUGAGGUACGUAGUGCUUUCGGAAAGUAUUCAGACCCCUUGACUUUUUCCACAUUUUGUUACGUUACAGCCUUAUUCUAACAUGGAUUAAAUCAUUUCCCCCUUCAAUCUACACACAAUACCCUAUAAUGAGAAAGCAAAAACAGGUUUUUAGAAAAUUCUGCAAAUGUAAAAAUAAACCAAUAUCAAAUUUACAUAAGUAUUCAGACCCUUUACUUAGUACUUUGUUGAAGCGCCUUUGGCAGUGAUUUAAGCUGAGUCUUCUUGGGUAUGAAGCUACAAGCUUGGCACACCUAUAUUUGGGGAGUGUCUCCCAUUCUUCUCUGCAGAUCCUCUCAAGCUCUGUCAGGAUGAAUGGGAAGCGUCGUUGCACAGCUAUUUCUGGUCUCUCCAGAGAUGUUCGAUCAGAGACUUGUCCAUAAGCCACUCCUGCGUUGUCUUGGCUGUGUGCUUUGGGUCAUUGUCCUGUUGGAAGGUGAACCAUAGGCCCAAUCAGAGGUCCUGAGCACUCUGGAGCAGGUUUUCAUCAAGGAUCGCUCUGUUCAUAUUUCCCAUGAUCCUUACUAGUCUCCCAAAAACAUCCCCACAGCAUGAUGCUGCCAUGACCACGCUUCACUGUAGGGAUGGUGCCAGGUUUCCUCCAGAUGUGACGCCAAAGAGUUCAAUCUUGGUUUCAUCAGACCAGAGAAUCUUGUUUCUCAUGGUCUGAGAGUCUUUAGGUGCCUUUUGGCAAAUUCCAAGCGUGGUGUCAUGUGCCUUUUACUGUGGCCAGCUUUGUCUUGGUGGUUCCAAAUGUCUUCCAUUUAAGAAUGAUGGAGGCCACUGUGUUCUUGGGGACCUUCAAAGCUGCAGAAUUUUUGUUGUAGCCUUCCCCAGAUCUGUACCUCGACACAAUCCUGUCUUUGAGCUCUAUGGAUAAUUCCUUCAACCUCAUGGCUUGGUUUUUGAUCUGACAUGCACUGUCAACUGUGGGACCUUAUAUAGACAGGUGUGUGCCUCUCCAAAUCAUGUCAAAUCAAUUGAAUUAUAGCACAGGUGGACUCCAAUCAAGUUGUAGAAUCAGCAUGGAUGAUCAAUGGAAGCAGGAUGCACCGGAGCUCAAUUUCAAGUGUCAUAGCAAAGGAAAUGAAUAAUUGUGAAUAAAUUUGCCCCCCACCCCAAAAAAUCUAUAAAACUGUUUUCGCUUUGUCAUUAUGGGGUAUUGGGAGUGGAUUGAUGAGGACAUUUUUUUUAUUUGAUCCAUUUUAGAAUAAGGGAGUAACGUAACAAAAUGGGGAAAAAGUCAAGGGGUCUGAAUACUUUCCGAAUGCACGGUAUACCCUUCGGGGUACUUGGGCUAUCCACAGGGGGUACAUGGGGAAGACUCAAAGGACCAUUGGCCUACUGGUAAAAUGCACGAGGGGGUACUUUGUGGGUUUUCCGGUCAAAUCAAAAUGUGAUUUGGGGUACAGUAACCAAAAAAGGUUAGGAAAACACUGAUCUAAACCAUGGACAAUAAGAGCCGGUACAUGGACUUCUGUUUCAACUUAUCCCUUCUCUCAUUUACAGUAGAUUAUCAUUUCAGAACGUCAUGUUUGAGUUAUACGCUAAUUUGUUGAAUUUGUUUUGAUCAUAUCCAUCUGUUGUUUCUAUUAUACAGCAACAGAAUCAGUAUGAGUGUAUAUUAUCUAAUGUGAUGUUAAAGAGUUAACGUUGGAAUUCUUCCCUCUGAAGGGUUAAACUGCAUACGCUUUAAAGGGCAAAGUUCAUGUUCUUCUAGCAUUACCCGUUACAGCAUUAGAUAAAAUGUUACAUAGUCUAGUUAAUAAUUUAGCACCUUUUUCUUUAUCUCAAGCUGUUCAAAGUAAAGUGGGCAUUUUCAGUUGGCUGCUUUUUCACCUUAGUUUAAACCCAGUUCCUUCCUACAGAGCUCAAGAGGAUUGUUCAAUUUAAGAAUGUUAUGUUAAAGGGGAAAAAAAGAACGAGGGCUUAGUUUUCCACGGUCCUGAAGCUGUGACGACUUGGCGUCCUUGCCAUUCCGUUGUGUGGGGAGGGCAAUCUCUCUUCCGCACGCAUCUCAGAGGCCCCACUUGAAGGUACACGAAGGCAGCCCAGUCUCUCUUUCCAACAACACAAUGAAAACAAACACUUAGCUCUGCUUCCAAUAAAGCCAGUGGUUGGAGGGCUGCAACUCAGGCCACAGGUCCGUGCCCCAAAACCCCAGCGCCGUUUUCUUAAAUGUUAAUCGGAGUCCCUCGCUCUGGUGAGUGGCGCGAGAGGGGAAGGUGGCGAGGGGUAAUGUGAUCCUUCCACGUGCUGCUGGAGCGAAGAAGGCUGGGGACCACAGCCAUCCAUUACCAGCAAGGCUCCUGAUGAGGGUUUAAACACUACCUGCUGAACAAACAGGGCCUGAUGCGCCACCCACCACCCCCAGUCCUGGGCCCACUUACCCACCUGCAAGGGGAGCUGGGAGAAAGCCACAGCCAGCACCACAGCAGGGGGCGGUCAGGAAAGGAAAGCAGUGGGGCAAAGCUAAAAGCUGUUACAUUCCAGGGAUCCUCGAGGCAUUACAGAGAACUUCACUAGCCAUGAGUGUCCUGCUGCUAACAAACAGUUAAACAGCGUAAGCAAUAGCAUGUUAAUCUAAUGGAGUCACUGAUGUUUGUGGGUACAUCUGUACUGCAUAUGUUUUGUGCAUCUUUCAGUAAAACGAAUUAUGGCUUUCAGUAUAUUGUAUGUUUUAUGAGAAUAAUAACACAAUGUGAAACACUCUUUUAGACCAGUGUGUACACUAAAUUAUUUUACCCGUGUCAAAUUCUAAGAUCAGUGGUUCGCAUCAGCAUUUUAGAUGGCUUGUAUAAUACUGCUUACACACUUUGAUGGACUGACAUAUGUUUGGUUUUCUAACAGUCAUGAGGUGCCAUAUUAAAGCCCCGUCUGUCACAUUUUA